AUGACUGAACGAGGAUCAGUGAACGUGAAGCUUCCCAAGCUGGAGUUGCUGAAAUUCGAUGGGAAACGGAAGGACAGGGACCCUUUCUGGGAGCAGUUCGACAGGCUGGUUCAUCGGAACGAGGACUUGCCUCUGAGUGACAAGUUCAGCUACUUGAAGUCGUUGCUGACGGGCGACGCAGCUGCGGCGAUGGGACUGCAUGUAUCCGCGGAGUGUUACAAGGACGCCGUGGAACUCCGUCAGAAAUGUUUUGGAGCUGACACAGCGAUCAUACAAGAGCACAUGGAGGCACUCCUUAACAUUCGACCUAUCCAGUCAUCGGGGGAUGUGCACGAGCUACGAAAGCUGCAUGACCGUCUCCGAGCGCACAUGCGUGGUCUGAACGUUCUUGGUGUAGCUGAGGAUUCCUAUUGCUCCCUGCUUUAUCCUGUACUGCUGCGGUCUCUUCCGAAGGACCUUGUUCUACAGUACUGCCGGAAGACAGCGGUGGACUCUACACAGUACGGGACCAACAGUUCGUCGAUCAACGAAACCGGCGAUAACGUGGAUACUAGGACUUCAGAGUCCACAGUGACGAACUAUCGGAAGAAGGUGGCUGAUCUUCUGCAAUUGCUGGGGAUUGAAGUGGACAGCCGAGAGCGCUUAGCUUCAGUGCAGAAGACCGACAACGGGGGUCACUCUAAGGGCGUGACUCACAAGAAACAGUUUCUGCCAAGAGUCAGCACAGACAUCAAAGGAAAACCGGAGGACCUUGGUUUGCUGGUCGCGGACGUACAAUCGGGUGUGGCGAGAGAGAUUUCUGUUCUCGUUGGUUGCGGCUACUACUGGGAGUUCGUCAGUGGGAAGGUCUUAAGCCUCGGAAAGAGACCCGGGGCCACUGAAACAGCAUUUGGAAUCACAUCUGAAAAUAUUGUAUCGAAAUUCUGGGAGCUGGAGAGCAUCGGAGUGGCAAUCAACUCUCUAGGAGACCAAGAAGGCUCAACGGACGGUAACGUCCUGAUAUCGUUCAAGACUACAGUAAAGAAAGUGGAUAACCGUUACGAGGUACGGUUGCCGUGGAAGAACGAUGUGUAUCUAGACGACAACGAACACGUCGCACAGAAGCGGCUUCAUCAUAUACUGAAGAAGUUGGAGAAAAAUCCAGAACACAUGCUGGAAUAUGACAACGUUGUAAGACAAUAUCUCCACAAUGGCAUAGCAGAAGAAACCGAUCCGGACACGUCACCCAGCACAACGAAGCUCCGGGUUGUCUUCGACGCUUCAUCGCACGAAUCGGAUGCACGAUCUCUGAACGACAACCUGGAGAGUGGCCCCAACCUCAACUCGGAUUUGGUCGCCUUAUUGCUAAAUUUCCGGAAGUAUCGGGUAGCGUUAGUUGCAGAUAUUGAAAAGGCGUUCCUACAGACUAGCAUCAACGACAACGACAGGGACGCGCUCCGUUUCCUCUGGCUGCAGGAAACUCCUACACCUGGUCAUCCUCUGCCGGACAUCCUGCUCAGGACAUCUCUCUAUGUCGACGGCCUCCUAAUUGGAGCAUCGGAUGAGGAGUCAACCGACAAGAUUUACCUUGAAGCCAACGACAUCUUCCGGGCAGCGUCCAUGAAGCUCCACAAGUGGGCGUCUAACAGCAGUCUGAUGGGAGGCCGUUUUCAAUCUGAGGCAACGGGAGCUGUGCCACUGGGUGAAGUCACUGGGGUCCUCAAGGUGCUUGGUCUGACGUGGAAUCCAACAGUGGAUACGUUCUCAUCAAAUGAUGUGCUCCAAUUCGCGCAGCAGCGGACGGAUACAAAGCGGUCCCUUCUUCAAACACCGGCUAGACUUUACGACCCGAUGGGGUUCCUUUCACCUUUCCUUGUGAAGGAGAAGAUUUGGUUUCAACGGACCUGGCAGCUCAAGCUCAACUGGGGUGAUGCUCUACCGAACGACAUAAAGCAGAAAUGGCACGAGUGGUGCGAGGGCUUACCGCUCCUACAGACGACACAAGUUCCACGAUUCUAUGAGCACGGCGUGGAUGCUGCAUGCAUUUGCGUCAAGGAUGCAACGGGUGAAGCAACCACUUCGUUACUUCUGGCAAAAGCGAGGGUUGCACUGUUGAAGAAGCUGACAUUACCCAGGCUCGAACUCAUGGCGUGCCUCAUCGCGUCAAGGCUGUUUAAGUACAUUUCCAGCCAUCUCAAGUUGGAGACCGACGAAAUUCACUUCUGGAGCGACAGCACGAUUGCUCUGUACUGGAUCCAGGGGAACGCAACCAGGUGGAAGCCUUUUGUGCAAAAUAGAGUGGUCGAAAUUCAAGAAAAUGGUUCUUCUCACCCUUGGCACUAUUGUCCUAGCAAGGAAAACCCAGCAGACCUCAUGACCAGAGGAAUCACGGCAAAAAGCCUAGUGGAGAACGAACUUUGGUGGAAGGGCAUACAAGCUACAUGUGGAAGCUACAUCAACGGUACCCGUUCUUUUGGAGGCAAGCAAGUUCAGCUGGGCGGUAGCACUUCAUAG